AUGACCGGCAACACUCCCGACGGAGGGCCCCAAGUUCCCCCGGGGGGUCGAGAUACACCUCUGGCCGGCGGCCAAAGGCAGCACCGGCACAGGGUCCCAGCCCCUUACUCACCCAUGAGGGGUUUGACUCCCCCAUGGGCUUUCAGGGGUUCCGCGUCUCCGACCACGCGGAUACUGCAGGGGGCGGCGCCACCCGGGGGGCCCCACGGACGGUUGGGACGGGGCAGCCGCUCCCCUACCCCGCCUUACCCGCCGUGGCGACCAGCACGCCCCCACACCGGACUGGCCGGAUCUGGGGGGCAAGCGCCGUCCCGGUGGUUGCCGCUUCGGAAGGGGAAACGGUCGCGGACAACCACCGGGUAUCCAAACUCUCGCCGCCAGACCCCGGCCUCGGAAUACGUCCGAGCGGCUCUGGCGGCUGGCAGCGGCGGGGGACCACCAACGGGGAAGACCCCCCGUUGGGGACACCCAACCGCUGCAUCCUCCGUCGCACCGACCCCGCCUCGGAAACAUCCGAGCGGCUCGGUGCGACCCGGGCCGGCAGUCCGGAGAAGUCCGGUCACCCGGAUAUCUCCGGGUGAGUCAUCUGCCGACCCGUCCCCUCCUCCUACUUGGCGCGUAUCCCGGGGUCACACCCCGGGCCGUUUGCCAAGCGGUGGGAGGCGACUACCCCCUUGCGGGACGCCGCUUCCACCCUUCACCGAAGGGCCACCCAAACUCGGAUGA